CUGGAACGUUCGUUUUCGCUUCUUUUCUCCUUCUUCGCCUUUCUCUUCAACUUCUCCGCCCGAUCAUCAUCUGGCUUUUGCACACCGUCAGGACUGCACGUCCGUUGUCGUCAACGACCACUAGAACACCAAAGGAACAAAGCCACGUUCUGCGCCCCCCACGAUGCAAAUUGCCGGGCAUUGAACGGUCCCCUUUGGGGAACACGUCCGGAAUGGAAGCAAACUAACAUAUAACGGCUGAACCUUCCAUGUUAAGCAAGCAUUGCCGGCCGUGGGUCGAUUGUCAAUGUUUGCUUCCUCCUCAACGCCUGUCACCAAGAUGAACGCCCUGUCAGCUCAUUCCCGGAGCCACCAGGAGCCCAUUAAAAUACCGAUCUCGGGGCUUGGGAUGAAUUGAAGUAUCACGAACUCUUUACCACAUGCGGCUUUCCAGGCUCUGUUAUGCUCUCCAUUGCUCGCACCGAUCGGGUUCAACGGGAUCAACCGCUUUGGGUUCUCUUUUCUUGGUACCGGCGACUCUUCAGCCCCCAAAUGCGAUGAACGACUACUCUCCUCUCACACCGCAACGAUGUGGCCAUGUGGAGGAGGUGGGAAAGACGGGGGAUAUCCGGCAACAAGCCACUUCAACUGAGGCGAGCGAUUAUACCUACGCUUGCUGAACAACCUCUUCGAGAUAUGCCUAACUCGAGCACAUCGGCUACUACGAUUACAACAUUGUCUCUCGCCAGGCGCUAGAGCGGAUGAUAACAUGCUGACUGACAACCGACAUCGCUAACCGGACGUCUAAGCCGAAUCAUCCCACUUUCUUUCGAGAUCGCCCGGAAUGCAACGUCAAGUCCAAAUGAGGUGGUGCACAUAAGGUAAGUAUACAGGAGCUUCUAUGUAUAGCGAUAUCUUCCAAGCACUAUAUCCGUUACAUCCUUCCCCUCCCCAAUGCACGUCGGCCGCGCAGGCGGCGCAAGCACUUAGUGAGGUCGCAACCAGUUGACCACGAGCGGCGCGCACAUGGUUUCUAGGUUGAUAAUCCACCCAUCCAACUUUCCAUGCUAUCGUUCGCAUGGCGGGAUGGGAGUCACGAUGGUUGAAAGCCCUGCUUACCACCAUUACGGGUUUGUGAAGUUCUCAAAAGUGCAAUCAUGGCUUGUGCGCACCUCGGAACCAAAGGCUGCCGGUCACAGUGCGUGAGACGAACAUGCGCCAUGCGCGUAAGUAGGUCAUCCCGUUGGGCCUCGUGCAAGCUGAGAGCCAUUCGUCGGCUGCCUGUUCUGGAAGACGAAGAGAAGGUUGCCUACAACGGAACACAAGAUUUGACGAGGCUCUGUGUGCGUGGGUGGUAGCGGGCGGCUAAGGUUUCUGAACACUGCAACGGUGGGCGAGCAUGAUUGUCGAAUGCGGAGGAUGUCUUAACAUGGACUUCAAGCGAGCAUCAAGAUGGCAUCUUGGAGACAACCUGGGACUUAUCGUUUCUUCAUUGACUGGCAACCGAAAGCCUCCGUUCGAACCAUCACCUACGCAAAGCCGCCCCGGAUUUCCGAGAUACCGGACCGCUCCCGGUAGUAUCAACAUGUCGCGGAGCAGUGCGGCGCAGCAAACGUGCAUGCCCUUAGUGAGGUCGGCAACCGGAAUCAUGAAGAUUACACGUUUCCUUCGGCUCUCUCGAUUGUGCCUCCGCGCCGUACUCAUACAGGACAUUAUUGAGCCCCCUUUCUGCAUAGUUGCGGAAGCCAGGUCCUUGUCAACCAGGCUGUCGGAUUACCGUCAGGCCAGGGAAUUGUUCUGCUCGAACAUGUGUGGCGUUUCACGACAGGCAGCUACCAUUGACACUGCAUAUCGGUGUUGUUACUGAGCAAACAAAUUUCCGUGGCGUCUCUUCUCCGACUUGUCGUGAAUUUAUCCCGAGUUUGGGAAACUGUCCUGGAUUUCAUCAAGUGCUAGACAUGGCAAUAGAUGACAAGGCAGAGGCCAGUUGUCCGACGACUGAAAACUCCAAUCCUUCCGACGAUUCAGGUACCUGACACGAAUUUUUGACUCGGAUGCAGCUUUGCAAGGGCGUUGUUUCUUCG